AACAUUAUGGAGCAACCUUGUAAAAUCCUCGUGUGAAAACAAAUAUGGCUGAUGAACAAGGUGAUCAAAAGGCCCACAGGGCUAGACAAGCCGGUCGAAAAGCAGAGAAAAAGAAAGUUAAAAGGCAUCAUCCUGACGAAAAUAGAAAUCCUAAAGCAUUUGCAAUUCAGUCUGUAAAAAAAUUAGCAAAGCAAGUGCAUCGUACUCUUGAUUUAGAAACUAAAAAAUUUCAUGUUCCAUUAGUGGAUAGAACUUCAUUAGAGCCUCCACCGAUUAUUGUUGCCAUUGUAGGGCCUCCUAAAGUUGGUAAAACUACUUUAAUAAACAAUCUUAUAAAAAGUUAUACCAGAGAAAAAAUAAGCAAUUUACAAGGCCCAGCUACUGUUGUCUCAGGAAAGAAGCGACGAAUUACUUUUAUGGAGUGUAAUAAUGAUAUAAACUCAAUGAUUGACAUAGCAAAAAUUGCUGAUUUGGUGCUUCUUAUGAUUGAUGCCAGUUUUGGGUUUGAAAUGGAAAUCUUCGAGUUUCUAAAUAUUGCUCAAGUACAUGGUUUUCCAAAAAUUAUGGGAGUGCUCACUCAUAUUGAUUUGUUAAAGAAAAAUAAAUCUUUGAAAAAGUUAAAAAAAAGAAUGAAGACAAGGUUUUGGACAGAGGUUUAUCAGGGUGCCAAGUUGUUUUACCUAACCAACAUUACACAUGGAUUAUAUCCUAAAACAGAAAUACAUAACUUGGCUCGCUUCAUAUCAGUAAUGAAAUUUAGACCUCUUUUGUGGAGGUCGUCUCAUCCAUAUGUACUUGUUGACAGAUAUGAAGAUUUAACUAAUUCUGAGUUGAUACGUGAAAAUAGCAAGUGUGACAGAACUGUUUGUCUGUAUGGUUAUAUGAGAGGAGCUCAUAUGAAGUCAAAAGCUAAAGUUCAUAUAAUAGGUUGUGGGGAUUGUGUAGUUGAUGAGCUACAUGUUCUUGCAGACCCCUGUCCUUUACCUGAGAAAUUAAAGAAACGGUCAUUAACAGAAAAAGAACGUCUGGUAUAUGCUCCAAUGUCAGGUGUUGGAGGGAUUGUUUAUGAUAAGGAUGCUGUUUAUAUUGAUCUUGGUGGAAGCAAAGCUGGUCAAAGAGCAGCUCUAAAUGAAACAGAUGAAUAUGAAAUGGAAGGUCAACAGGAAAAUGCAUUGAUGUCAUCAUUGUAUUCUGCUAAAACUCCUAUUGAUUCAAAAAUGGAAUUCAGUGAACUUAAUAUAUUUAAAAAUUCUAAACCUGUUAGAGGAGAAGAAGUUAUAAGCGAUUCUAAUUGGACUAUGCCAGAAGAGCAGGUAUCAUUAGAUGACUCUGGUAGAGUACGUCGAAAAGCAGUUUUUUCUGAUGAGGAAGGUGAAGAGGAAGACUCAAGUGAAAGCUCUGAAGAGGAUUCAUGUGCAGAAAGCAACAGCGAAGAUGACAAUGAUUUUGAACCAAAAAACAAAAAGUUAAAAAAAAGUACAGAAAGUGAAGAAAACAUUGACUUUGAAGAUGAAAGUGAAGAUGAAAGUGAAGAUGAGGAGUUCCAAGACAUGCAAAAAUUUGAAUCACAAAGUGAUUUGAAGAAAUGGGCAGAUUUAAUGAAAAAAAGAAUUGGAAGUCUGGGUUUAACAAAACAUACUGAUAUUAGAACACAUAUUUAUGGUGAAGUUUUAACUUCAAAAGAAAAUGAGGUAUCCGAUGAAGAGAGUGAUCUAGUAGCAGGAAUUUUCGCCAAAAAAAAUGCUAAGAAAAUAGCUAACUCUAUAUUUCAUUUGGAAGAUUGUUCACAGGUGAAAAAAGAAAAAAAUAAUAACGACAUUUCAGAUGACCUUAUUGAUAAAAUUGGAGUGUUAAUUAAAGAUUGUUUUGUCACAGGAAAAUGGUCUGCUGCAGAAGAUGCUGAGCAGUUGUUGAACUUAGAAGAUGAUGAAGAUGUUUAUGGAGAUUUUGAAGACUUAGAAACAGGUUUAGUUGUGAAUAGUAAAACUGCUGAAAAAGAUAAAGAAAGUGAAGAAGAAGAUAUUGAAAAAGAGGAUAAUAAAAAUCAGAAAGAAAGUGAAUCAACUGAUAAACGAAAAGAAAAGAAAAAAAAACUGAAAGAAAUGUUUAAUGCAGAUUAUGAUGAAGGAAAAGGUCCUAAUACUUAUUAUGAUGAUAUAAAAAACACAAUGACAGAUCAAGCAGAGCUAAAUCGGAAAGAAUUUGAAAAUUUCGAUGAUGAAGUUAGAGUUCAAUAUGAAGGAUUUAGAGCAGGUCUUUAUGUACGAAUAGAGAUUUCAGGUAUCCCUAGUGAAUUUAUAACUAACUUUGAUCCAAGUUACCCACUCAUUGUUGGUGGACUACUUUCUGGUGAAGAUAACAUUGGUUACAUACAGACUCGCUUUAAGAAACAUCGAUGGCAUGAUAGAAUAUUAAAAAAUAGAGAUCCUAUAAUUGUGUCUCUUGGUUGGAGGCGUUUUCAAACUAUCCCUCUUUACUCAAUGCAAGAUCAUAAUGGACGUCUUCGUUCACUAAAAUAUACUCCUGAGCAUUUACAUUGUAUUGCUACAAUGUAUGGUCCUGUUACUCCUCCAAGCACUGGAAUGCUAGCAAUCCAGACAUUGUCAGAUAGAACAACAAAAUUUAGAAUUGUUGCUACUGGUGUUGUUAUAGACCUUGAUAAAUCAAUUCAAGUAGUGAAAAAACUCAAACUGGUCGGAACACCUUUAAAGAUCUACAAAAAUACAGCAUUUAUCAAGGGCAUGUUUAAUUCUGCACUUGAAGUAGCAAAAUUUGAAGGUGCUUCCAUUCGUACUGUCAGUGGUAUCAGGGGUCAAGUGAAAAAAGCACUUAAAGCCCCCCCUGGUGCUUUCAGAGCAACAUUUGAAGACAAGAUAUUAACUAGUGACAUUGUUUUUUGCCGAACAUGGUAUCCUUUAACUUGUCCGAAGCUAUAUCAUCCUGUUCAAUCAUUGCUACUUCCAAAAGAAAAAAGACAGAACUGGCAAGGAAUGCGCACUGUUGGACAGUUACGCCACGAUCUUGGUUUAAAAAUCACACAAAAUACUGACUCUUUAUAUAAGCCUAUUGAACGUCAAGAUCGCAAGUUCAAUCCAUUAGUAAUUCCAAAAAAGCUACAAAAAGAUUUACCCUUUAAAACAAAACCGAAAAAUCAAGUAAAAAGAAAACAAAAAACUUAUGAAACAAAAAGAGCAGUUGUAUUGGAACCAGACGAGAAAAAGGUCGUACGUCUGAUGAAAGGCAUAUUUGCUGCAAAUAAAGAAAAACGUGAAAAGGAGAAGAGUAAGAGACGCGAACAGCAUAAAAAGUUUAUCGAUAAAAUCAAAAAGUUGGAAGCUCAACGAGAUAAGAAAAUUAAAGAACAUAAAAAGAAAGUUUUUAGAGUGCUAGGUCAAGAGGAAAAACGUAAGCAAAAAUUAGCAUCUCGCGGAAAAAAAGUCUAACUGAUGAAAUUUUAAAAAACUUUUUUUUUACACAUUAGUUGAAAGCCAUUAUUUUUAUGGUUUAUAGAUUUUUUUAAAAAAAGAAGGAAAAAGACGUUUCCUUGAACAAGUAUUUGCGAUAAUAUUACAGCUCAAUGCUAAUUUGGUUUAGUCAAAAUUAAAAUUACGGAAUCGUUUACUAUCUAAGAAAUAAUAAUUUAAAAAUUAUCCAAUUAGCUAUUUAAUUGUAUACUUUGUAAUGUUUAUAAAUUUUACCAACCACAUACGCGACAAAAUUGAAAAUGUUUUGUGUAUACUUCGAAUACAACAGUUUAGUACA